ACUUUUUUACCCUAACCUCCUCAUUCUCUUCUUUCAUUUCUUCCUUUCACUUUCCCAGUUUCCUGUCACCUCUCGUAGUCGUACUCCAUCGAGCAACAACUUCUUCUCACCGAUCGCCCCAGCACCACCGUCAAACAUUGUCAAAUCGCCGGAAAAACUCGAACAGGAACCAUGUCGCCAGAGAAGGGAGAGGCCUGGCAUCCCUUUAUCGGCGCUUCUUCUUCUCGCUGUCGUGGAGUCGGGAUCUCAGCCUGAACUGUUUUUUCGGCCUCCACAACUCCUACAGCCUCAGCACCUCCGGGCUUCGGCCAUUUUCUUUCAGUAUUCCACCUCUGCAGUGUCUGUUACUUAGUUUCCACUAGAGUCACGAUCAAAAUGAGCUAUUUGAGUUUGCUUACGCAUUUGUUAGCAAUAUCACUCGCUUCCCUUGUUAUCUAUUGGCUCAUAACCUUCAGAAAUGGCUUCGGUCUCUUCAACCCUUCAACAGAUCUCAUGUUCAACUGGCAUCCGCUUCUCAUGAUACUCGGAUUCAUCAUCUUUUCAGCCGAAGCAAUGAUUGCAUACAAGGCGAUUCGAGGAACAAGACAAUCACUUAAACGAGUUCACCUAACAUUGCAUUCGAUCGCACUUGUCACUGGGCUUUGUGGUGUUUAUGCAGCAUGCAAAUAUCACUAUCAACUCCAAGUACCACAUUUGUACACGUUACAUUCGUGGUAUGGUUAUUCAACCAUCUGGUUAUUUUGUCUUCAGUUCAUGUUAGGGGUUGAUGAUUUUGUGUACCCGGGGAAUGAGUCAGGAAUUGGGCGAUCCCAUGGUUUAGCUGGCCUGCUGAUAUUUUGGUUGGCGAUACUGAGUGCUGGGACUGGAUUGAUGAAGAAAUCUGACAUUCUACACUUGUACCCUGGUCAAGUGGAAACGAAUGUGGUUUAAUGUUAUAGGAGUAUUAGUAGCACUCCUUGGGGUUUCUGUAACCCUAGUUAUGAGUCGAUAUUUAUAUUGAUCAUUAGUGUGGUUGUAAACUUGUAAUACUGCAUGGUUAGACUAGACUACCGACUAAUUAAGACAUCCAAAUGUAAUUUGGUGAUUUUAAAUGUAUGUGCGUAGUAUGAUUUAGCAAGAUAAA